AUGGUGAUGGCGGUACUAGAAGUGGUGCUGGCCGUGGUCAUGGGCGUGGUCAUGGCCGUGGCAAUGGCCGUGGAGAUGCCACUUGAUGCUGACUACUGGCUCCACACCAUCGAGCGCAAGCUUGAGGUUGCCCACGCUGCUCAAGCAGAUUGGGUGAACUUUGCCACCUACCAUCUUGAAGGAACUGCUGGCUCAUGGUGGGAAAACUUCCUGUUGAUGCAGCCUGCCGGUCAUGUCGUGACUUGGCAAGAGUUCAAAGCUGCUUUCCGUGCAUAUCAUAUCCCAGAGGGUCUGAUGGACGAGAAAAGGGAAGAGUUUCUGAAGUUGCAGCAGGGCAGUGGUUAUAUCUGUGACUACCAAGAUCUUGUCAACAAGGCUAUGAAGGCAGAAAGAGGAAAGGUGGAGUAUGAGGAAACUCGCAAGCGUCCUAGAGAUACUUCUCAGCCUUCUGGAUCAGGCAAUCAGCGUCGUCGUGUUUUCAUUCCAUAUAGUGCUGUGCCUCGUGCUCCUUAUGCACCAAAGUCUUCUGGUUAUGCUCCUCGUCCACAAGCUCCAAGUGCUCCUCCAAGCAAUGCUGGUGGAACCAACUAUCGUCCCGCCAUGGGUACUCCAGAAAAUCCCAAAAAGGGCAGGGGGGUUUUCAUAAAGAAGACUUUGUCUUCUUCCCCAGGCAGGCAGGCAGCUGCCUGGCCGGCCCCCUGCCGUCGAUCCCGCCGGCGGCCGGGAUGCUCCCCGCCGCCCCCGCCGCCUAUAAAGCCUUGUGCCGCCGCCGCAAACCCUAGGCCAACCCCAUUUCGCCACCUCCUUCCUCCCUCUUCUUCUCUGCGAGCAAACCCUAGCCCGCCGCAGACUUCGCCAUCGCCGCCGCUCCGAGCUACCCCGCGCCAAGCCGACGCCGCCGGGAGGUCCGCCGCGACGCCCUCUACCUCCUCCGCCCAGCAGCGCAAGCCGACGGGGCCGGAAUCGGCCGACUCGGGCCCCGCCCGUGCCGUAGGUCCCCGCCGUUCGCCGGCGUUCCCGGCCUCCCCCGGCUCCGGCGACAUCACCAACAGCUCCACGGUGAGCUGGCGCCCCUCCUGGUACCCGCCGCUCGCCCUAGGUCGACGCGUAGAGCUCCGGCGACGUGAGCCUGUCCGCGCCGCCGUCGGACAUGGAUGCCGGCGUGUCUCCGGCGACCAUUGGAGGGCGGCGCCGCCCUCUUCUGGUUCGCUAGGACGCCGCGCGUCCAACGCGCCCCUCUGCGCAGGCCCUGGCGCCCCCUAG